AUGGGUAUAAUUGAAGCUUUUCAUUGGUGAAUGCUACAGAAAGAAGAGAUGAAAACUAGCUGGAGUAGGAAGAACUUUCUGCUCGUGGCAGGACUGUCGCUUAUAGGCGUCCACAUUGGUAGUACGCUUGUAAACUUAGUUGCAAAAAAAUCUGUUCACUCGCAUUCGGAAAUUAAAAAAGAUCGUCGUGAAUGAGAUAGCCUUCUGCUGCCGUUACAUAUUCAUUUCACAAUAGUAUUUACGCUAGAUUUUAAAAGGUGUAUGAUGAACAGCUAAAUGAAAGUAGUUGUUAUACUGUAUGUACUAUAUCACAUUUAAAAUAGUAAUUCCUGGCUGUAAAGAAUAAAAAUGUACCACUUAAAAUUUUAAAAGUGCUAUGAAUUUGAGAUUGAAGUGAAAAUGAGAUCUAAUGUUUCAUUGGCCAGAAUUAAAAUCUUAUUUUGAAAAUGUCUCGUGUUGAAGCUAAAAAGCCUUCAUUAUGUGUUAGUGAACCUUUAGCUGAAGAUACGGUUCAUCAGUCACUGUCUGUGCUAAGUGGUAUAUUGAAAUCUUGCUAUGGUCCUGCUGGUAGGCUCAAACAGCUCCACAAUGGUAUGGGAGGAUAUGUUUGUACAACUUCACAGUCUUCAGCUGUACUCCGUUGUCUCUCUGUCAGUCAUCCUAUAUUAAUGGUUCUGACAGCCUCUGUACAGAAUCAUAUAUCCCGCUUCAGUGACUGUGGCUUAUUUACUGCCAUUCUUUGCUGUAGCUUGAUUGAAAACUAUAAAAGGAUAAACUUUGCGUCUUGUACUGUUAUUAAAAUAAGCAAACAUCUUUUGAGCUUAUGUACUGACUACCUCAAAUCUGAGGCCUGUGGUUGUCGAGUGUCCGUGGAUUUCGGCAAUCUUGAGACUCUUCUUUGUUUGGUACGUAGCGUUUUAACAAGCAAACCUGCUUGCAUGCUUAAUAAAACAGAAGUUGAUCAUCUGACCACACUGACUGUAAAGGCUUUUUUGCUUACUGUUCCACGUCAUGUUGAAACUAAUCCUGUUUUAGGGAAGUGUAUAAUAGUGCCUGUGAAAGGUAGAAGAGUUGUGGAUUCUAUGGUUUUUCCUGGACUACUGCUUGAAACACCAGAAACUCAACUGGCAAAACCACUAUCUGUCAAAAGAAUUUCUUCAAACAUUAUCAAGGUAGCACUUUUCUGUGUGUCUAUGUCAGGAGACCUUUUCAACCCUGAAGAAGGAAGUAUAACAGUCCAUCAUGGGAUUUCUCUGGAAAUGUCAGAACUGGAUCAGUUACUUAAUGUAGGAAAGCAGUUGGUUAAUGAUGAGAUUGGCCUUGUAGUGUGCCAGAAAGUUAUCCAUCCAUCCUUGAAACAGUAUCUGAAAGAAAAUCACGUCGUCACUGUAGACAGAGUUGGACUAUCUAUGAUGGAACCCCUGAGUCAAAUGACAGGUUCAAAGCCUAUAGCUUCCGUACAUUCCUUCUCUCCCAGUUGUUAUGGCAGUUUGAAGGAUGUGUGCACUGAGAGUUUUGCUUCAAAACAUUUUGUGCAUCUAAUUCCUAAUGACACACUUGUCUGCUGUUUGAUGCUCUGUAACAGAAAUGAAACCACAUGGGAUGAAUUGAAGCGUGCCUAUGAAACUGCAGAGCAUGUGUUACAGUUAACAAUCAAGGAACCUCUUGCCCUGUUAGGGGGUGGCUGUACAGAAACUCACUUGGCUUCGUACGUAAGACACAAGAGUUGUAAUCUGUCAACUAGCAGUUUUAAAGCUAUAGAUUGUUCUCAGACACAAUACCAAUUGGUUGCUGAUGCCUUUUGCCGCUCACUGGAGUCUGUAGCUUGCUCUCUGAAUCAUGAUGAUGGAGACGUUUUUGCAGACAUGGUUUAUGGACACUGCUGGUUUGUUCCGUCAGGUUUUUCUUCCGUCUCUAACUGGUCAAAUUUAGUUUCAAAAUGUGGCUGUGGGAUUAACAAUAACACUCAGAAUCUCGACUGGAGGAUUUUGCAAAGCCAUUUUAGCUCUCCUGUUCUUCAGAGCUGCCCUAAAGAGCCUUCAGUAAAAGCUACUGACUUUCUGACAUUGGAUUGUUUUGCUGCAAAGUGUAGUGGCUUACAAGUAGCUGUGGAGACAGCCAAUCUGAUUUUAGAUCUCUCCUGCAUAAUUGAAGAUCAAAAUUAGUUCUCUUCUUGUGUGAAUUGCAUUGCCCAGCAAGCUGCUUACUUGAGAGCAGGGUAAUAGAUAACAUGUUAAGAUAAACUUAGGAGCAGUCGGAGCAUGGACAGCAGACAGAAAUCUAAAUUGCCAACAACAUUUAAAUUAAGUACUUUUCUGAUUCUUAGUCUACUGUGCCUUGUAGCCUUUUCUUUUUUUUUUCCCCUGUUAGAAGCUGCUAAACGAUUAGCCAAGUACACAGCGAAUCACAGUAGCGUGUGACUUAGAGUAUUCCAAGUAGUAUAUUCAGGCAAGUGAAUAACACUUCAAAAAUUAUGAGUUUCUCGCAUGCUUCCAGGAGAUUUGAUUGUGCUCUUUCAAUAUAUUUAGUGCUGAAUUUAAGGUGACCCGCUUGAUGUUCUCCCUAUAUUAUGCAAGUGUUGAAUGUCUGUUAGCUCUGGUCUCUUCUGAGGAAUGUAGAAAAAUUUGAGUUGCUGAGAAAACAUCUAUGUAAUGGAUUAGACUCUGUAGCCUCAACAAAAGCUUUACGCAUUCAAACGGACCGUCAUAUUGCAACAAAACAUUUAUCGUUGGUAAUUUUAAUUUUGUAAGUAAAAAGUGAAGGCUUUCCUUGGCAAAUAUCUUGAGCCACUUGUCUUAUUUUCAAGUUUUGUUCUGAAGAUCUUAUCACCACAUGCUAUAUAUGUUUGCUGUUUCUAAAUUGCUGCAAAAUUUUCAAAUCAUAUAAGCAACUUAUUUAGCAAGUUAUUAAAAUUCAGCCUGAAGAUCUUAAGGUAGCAGGUAAUGGAAGACUUGAAAAGAAAUGGCAGACUGACUGUGGCAGGGAAAAAAAGACUUUUGUAUGGUGGAAUUUCAUUGUUUUAUGUGGAAUACAUGGCAAUUUAUAAAUAAUUAUAUUUCUGUCAUCUUAACCAAAGGUUCAAGUAAGAGUGUCCCACUUACCAUUCAGUUAACUCCUUGACUAUGCAUAGCUUCUUUACUUUUAAUGAAGUAAGGCUUUAAGCUGCUAAGGCUUAUUUUGAUCCUUAAAUAGGGCUAUAGAUUGAGUGGUUGAAACUUACCUUUUCUCAUUUCAGCUUGCAUGCAAGAUCAAAAGGGGUGUUACAGUUUCUUCCUUAAAUUCUUUUUUUUUUUUAACCUCUUUUCUUCUCGCUCUUGGCUUUCAAACACAAGGGUCAAGUUGUUGAUGACAUACCUUUCCUCAAAGGAACUGAAUUACUCACAGACUAAUCUGCUUAUUUGUUUCCUGGUGUCCUAAGUUUUUUGAUAUACGUACUGAAUAUAAAGAGUGAAAUUCUGUUUUGUAUAACUCAGUUUUGAAAUAUGUAAUUAAAAAUACA